AUGAUUUUUAUGGCUUUAGAAUUACAACAACAAAGACCUGGAAAUACAGACGAUCGGCGUCCUGCACAAAGACAGAAACUAGAAGAAUAUCAAAAAGCAGUUGUUCGUAUAACCGCUUCAGCAAGCAGUUAUUUGCAGAAAAUUGAUAAUACGACCUAUAAAAAAUCACAAGACUGUGACCCGGACGAAUGGGCAGAAGGUGUGAAUUACAUUCGUUUGAAAAAUCAUGUUUCGUAUCAUGAACCAAGUACGAAAUGGUACUGGGAUCAGGAUGCAGAAUACUUGAUAGAUAUGAAACCAGAAAAAGAAUGCGACGGUACACAAGUAUUUUGGAAUCCUUCAGCUUUGUCAAAUGGCGUCAUAUACAGUUUAAACUGUCCACUCAUUUUUGAUAGUGAUUAUACCAAAGAUAGCAGUUGUCAACAUUUUUCAAAUAACAAUUUUACGAAAGCCAAAAAUACAGAUUGGGAAUCAGCAUGUACUGAUGGAGAUAAUUCAAGAUUAGGACAAUUAUGUGCUUGCGAUAAACAAGUCGACCAAGAUACUAGUAUACGAACAAUAAGUUUAAGAGAACAUUACACUGAUAGUUCUGAUAGUCGAGUUGUCACCGGAAUACGAUUUAUUGUUAAAAAUAAUAUCGUAAUGAUACAAAUUCGAGAAGGUAAAUUAGUCAAUGGUACAAUAGACGCCCAAACCGUUAAAUGGAUAGAUGAUGAUGGACAUCAUCCUGAAGUGGGUCCUGAUACAAUUAAGCUCAGUUAUAAUAUACGAGCGUUUGAAUUAGAUGACAUAGAAUUGCCUGAUGAGCACUUGGUAACAGGAGUCAAAUUCAUGGUGACACAUGAAAAGCGCAUAUCAUUAGCAGUAAGAGGAUCAGCUAUGUAUAAUGAUAGAAAAAAAACUUUCCCAUCAAUUCACAAUCAAUGGUAUCAUUCAAAUCUUCUUAAAUCACGAAGACGAAAACGAAAACCUAGAACUAAUAUUGAUAUAAAAUACUCCAAAAAUCCAGCUGAGUUAACUGAACAGUUGCAAGAAUUAAGUACUCCAGGAUCUAAUUACGUUGAAUUCUCAGUAUCAGUAUAUUCUUCAAAAGAUGAAAAUGUUGCAAUUGUACCAUUUUUAGAUUCGCGCGAACUUGUUACUGACCCACCAAUCGCUCUAGGUGGAUUAGGAAUAUUUUACAAAAGUAAACCCGGCUACGGUGGAUUUAUAGCAUUUAAGUAUAUCACAGCCAAAUAUAAUAUUCUUAUUGACAGAGAUCAUGCUCGAACUAUGAAUGCUACUUUAUCAGACUUACUGAAAUAUGUAGAAUAA